AUGCCUUCCUCUACUACUCCUUACCAGCCAUACGCCGACAGAUAUGUCGAGGGCCCAGCUUCUGGCCCAACAGCCGCAGACAUCGUCAAUGACCUCGGUCUCGUAGGCAAGCUCCAAGACAAGGUCAUUCUGAUCACCGGUGCCUCAGCCGGACUCGGUCAGGAAACCGCACGCGCCCUCCACACCACCGGAGCGAAGCUGUACCUCACGUUCCGCGACAAGGCCAGAGGACAAGCAGUCGCCGAAGACUUGGUGUCAAGAAACCCCAAUGGCCAGAAGCCCGUCCUCAUCGAGAUGGAACUCGCCAAUCUCGAGAGCGUGAGAAAGGCAGCCAAGGAGUUCUUGUCCCAGGAAAAGCGUCUCGAUAUCCUCAUCAACAAUGCCGGUAUCAUGGCUGUUCCAGAGGGCCGCACCACUGACGGUUUCGAGAUGCACCUGGGCACCAACCACUUCGGCCACUUCCUGCUGUUCCAACUUCUCAAGGACACUCUUAUCGCUAGUGGCACCGCCGACUCCCCUAGUCGCGUGGUCAACCUCUCCAGUGCCGGCCACAAGGCAGCCGGCGUCUUCUUCGACGACCUCGACCUCACCAAGCAAGGCUACAACCCCAUGGUCGCCUACGCACAGAGCAAGACCGCGAACAUCUACCUCGCCAACAGCAUCGAUCGCAAGUACGCGGCUUCUGCCCUACGCGCCGUUUCCGUGCACCCAAGCAUGAUCUUCACCACCCAGCUCGGUCGCCACAUGUCACCAGAGGAAAUCGCUGGUUUCGCUCCCAUGGCUUCGUUUGCCAGAUCUGCUGAGCAGGGUGCUGCGACUACUGUUUGGGCUGCGCUGUCUCCUCACUUUGACACUCAGGGUGGUGUGUACCUCGCCGAUGCUGGUGUUUCCAGUGUCGCUGCUGCAGAUGAGCAUUUCGCGGGCAAUGGCUACGCUCCCCACGCUUUCGACCAGGAGGCCGAGGAGAAGUUGUGGAAGCUCAGCUUUGGCGCUGUCGGCUUGGAGGAAGAGUAA